UUGACCCCCGCCAAGGCGCAGACGCAGGCGGUGAAGCCGAUGGUGUCGUCAGGCCCUCGCGAGCCCAACCUCAUCACCAACAUGUCGCUCCCUCCUCGCGCUCUCACCCUCUCUCUCCGCAGCUCCGCGGAGGAGCUUCACAACACCGUUGGCGAGCAACAGCCAACAUUGAAGGAGAAGAAGGUGAUGCCGCCGCCGAGCGCCCUUGGUCCCAUCCUCUCGACCAUCUCUCCUCAUGCUGCCACCCUCUCGCUCCACAGUUCUUCGGAGGAACCUCACACCGCCGCCAGCAAGAAGCAGCCAGGGGCGAAGGAGGAGAAGCAGCAGCCAGCCCCCAAAGGGAAGCCUAAGAAGCAGCCGCAGCCGCAGCGUCAGGAGUCGAUCAAGGCGACAAAGGAGCAGAAAGGGAAGGCGCCCAUGGUAGAGGUGCCUCCGCCCGUCGAGGAGGAGGAGGAGAAGGCGGCCAUGGCGAGGCCGGUGGUGCCGCGGGUCGUUACACAGCUGACGCACGAGGAGAAAGAGGAGGACUGGCUGGCCAUGACGGGCACCAAGCUGCCGCAGUUCCCCCACAGGCGCCCCGAGAUAGUCCAAAAGCAAGUCAACAACAUCUGCCCGGGGGAGUGGCUUUGGCAGGCCAACAGGAACAGGUACAAAGUCAAGGAGAAGAAGUCCGAGAAGCGCGUGGGCGGCCUGAAGGGCAUGGCGACGGAUGACGACGACUCCAACUCUGACUAAGCUCAAAGAGGAGCUCGGGCGUGACUCCAACAAUGGCGCAACAACGGGAGAAAGGAUAUUUUGGAGUUAUUGGUGAGGAGAAGCGUCGGGAAAAGCGGUAGACGGAGAAAGAGAGGUUGAAGAUAGUUAGUGAUCAUGGAUGGGCAUUCCAUGAGUUUGAGUCAAAUAAAAAAUCCGGAAAAUAAUUUAUGAGGUUGAUGUUGUGCUACCCAAUGAUGGUUUAGGAAUGUUGCAUCUCUGCUACCAAUUGCCACCAUGCCUCUCAAGUUUCUGUUUUGCAAGAACUAUUUGUUGUUUUGCCUCUUGAGUUUCUAUUUUCAGUAACUAUUUGUUGCUU